AUGCAGACGCACUCAAUUGAUCGAAUAUCUCGAAAAAUGAAUUCAAAUCCAAUCGAAUCCGGUUUAUCAAUGUUAUGUCGAAUAAUUAAUGUAGGACCCACACCUGAUCCAGAAACGAUUGAUGAUACGAAAAAAGUGACAAUCAUCGAUUCAGAAACGAGCGAUUUGAUAGCUUUGAAAGCAUACCUUUAUCAUUUAAUCGAACGAUCCAUUAAGGAUGAAGCAAAUGCGGAUGAAAUUAAAGAUUGGCCAAAUGUCAUGAUUUUCGAUGGAAAAUUUAUCGUCGAUUUUGACGAAUGUUGUAAGUUGUUCCCGACGCUUCAAUCGAAACGAGUAAAAUUAUUCCAACCAAUCGAUGAUUUGAUGAUGAUUGAAUAUUUACGUGCUCAUUUACAAACGCACAUGGUGGUCAAUCCAAAACUCAGACUAUUCAUGAUCAUAAGUAAUCCGGACAUAUUGUUUCCCACUCUUGUUGAUCAAAUAAAUGCCUUACUAUUUGCACAGGGUAUCUGUACUCAUAUUGUUUUUAUUAUUGAUCGACUCGAUCGAAAGCAAUGGAAUUUUUAUAAUUCACAGAAAUUUUGUCAAAUUCUUCGUUGUAAAUUAAGCGGCGAUUCUGAUAUGAAUGACGUUGAACAAAUCAAGAAAUUGAGUAUCCAUAUACACAAUAUAGUUGAUAAAAGUGUUUGUCAUAAAUCAUUUACUGUACAAUGAAAAUUUUUUAUUAAAAAAAAUUGUUUUGUGAAAAAUUCUCAA